UCCGAUAAACCCUAAACCUUCAACGGCAACUUCACCUAUUUAUACUUCUUUCAAACGUCUCUUCUUCAUCCGCCUUUUUCUGUCUACUCUUUCAAACACACGUUCUUUCAUUCUCCCAAUCGCAUCCGAACAGCAAUGGAAUUUUGGGGUGUUGAGGUUAAACCUAAUGAAACCCUUAAAGUCCCAGUUGAGGAUUUCAAGCUCCUUCACAUCUCUCAGGUUGCUUUGGGAGAGGUGAAGAAUGGGAAAAAGGUUGAGAAUGUCGCUGUUCGUGCUCACUUCAAUGAUCAAAAGUACGUUCUAGCAACUUUAUCUUCUGAACGUGCACCACAAGUUAUGUUUGAUUUGCUAUUUGAGCAAGAUCUCGAGCUUUCUCAUGGCUGGAAAGAUGGCAGCGUUUAUUUCUGCGGAUAUAUUGCAGAUAACCCAAUCGAGGAUGAAGACUUUGAAUGUGAUUCUUCUGAUGAAGAUGAAGCAAUGAACUUUCUUGCUAACGGUGCACCUCAAGGUAAGCCAAAAGCAUCUUUGAAGGAUGUAACUGAAGAAGAUGACUCUGAAGAAGAUGAUGACUCUGAAGAUGAUGAUAUGGUUGACUCAGAUGACUCGGAGGAAGAAGAAGAAGAGAAAAAGGUGGAAGUGAAGCCUGUGAAGAAACCAGUUCAAGCUGCAAAAAGACCUGCUGAAAAUGCACCCAAGACACCAGUUCCUGCUAAGAAAGCAAAAUCCAACACUCCUCAAAAAUCAGAUGGGAAGAAAGGUGGACAAACAGCAACCCCACAUCCAUCAUCAAAACAAGGUUUCAAGAAAGGAAAGAAAAAUGGGAAUAGAUUUAACGGCAACUUCACCUAUUUAUAUUUCUUUCAAACAUCUCCUCUUCAUCCGCCUUUUCUCCUUUUUUUCAAACAAACAUUCUUUCAUUCCCCCAAUCGCAUCCGACUAGCAAUGGAAUUUUGGGGUGUUGAGGUUAAACCUAAUGAAACCCUUAAAGUCGCAGUCGAGGAUUUCAAGCUCCUUCGCAUCUCUCAGGUUGCGUUGGGAGAGGUGAAGAAUGGGAAAAAAGUCGAGAAUGUCCAAGUUCGUGUUAACUUCAAUGGUCAAAAGUUCGUUCUAGCAACCUUAUCUUCUGAACGUAUACCACAGCUUUUGUUCGAUUUGCUAUUUGAGAAAGAUGUGGAGCUUUCUCAUGGCUGGAAGGAUGGAAGCGUUUACUUCUGUGGAUACUUCGCAAGUAACCCAGACGAGGACUAUAGAUUUGGUCCUUCUGAUGAUGAUGAUGAAGAAGAAGCAAUCAACCUUACUGCUAAUGGUGCACCUCAAGGUAAGCCAAAAGCAUCUUUGAAGGAUGUAACUGAAGAAGAUGACUCGGAAUCAGAAGAUGAUGAUGACUCAGAUGAUGAUAUGGUUGACUCAGAUGACUCUGAAGAAAAAGAAGUGAAGCCUGUGAAGAAACCUGUUAACGCUGGAAAAAGACCUGCUGAAAGUGCACCCAAGACACCAGUUUCUGAAAAGAAAGCAAAAUCCAACACUCCACAAAAAACAGAUGGGAAGAAAGGUGGACAUACAGCAACCCCAUAUCCAUCAUCAAAACAAAGUUUCAAGAAAGGAAAGAAAAAUGGGAAUAGAUGAUAAGAUUAUAGGUGUUAUAUAUUAUUUAUGGGUUUGGUUUGUUUUUGGGGCUUUUGUUAUUAAACACUGAGGGAUAUAUAAGUAGCUUUGUUUGAAUUUAAAAAAAAACCAUUGUAGUUUAAAAAUUGUCUGAGAGAGUUUUGCUUAUGGUUAAAUGAUUAAAGAUUUAAAGUUAUUUCUUGAAAUGUUA